AUGGAAGGUGGUCAAAUUGUCGUAGCAAUUUCCCUGUUGGCUCUGGCUUUCUCAUUCGCCACUGCCUCUGAUCCUAACCAUCUCCAGGACUUCUGUAGAGCCAUCAACGACGCCCAUAAUAGUGUAUUUGUUAAUGGAAGGUUCUGCAAUGAUCCAAAAUUGGACGAAGCAGAAGACUUCUUCUUUUCAGGACUCAACAUGCCUGGGAAAACAUCAAAUCAACUAGGAUUAAAGGUCACUCCUGCCAUUGUUGAACAAAUACCAGGACUUAACACUCCUGGCAUAUCUUUGGCUCGAAUUGACUUUGCACCUAAUGGCCUAAACCCUCCUCACACUCACCCUCAUGCCACAGAGAUCCUUGUAGUCCUGGAAGGCACACUCUAUGUUGGCUUUGUUACAUCCAGCCCAGAUGAUCGUCAUAUCUCUAAAGUCCUAAACCCUGGAGAUGUUUUCAUUUUUCCAAUUAGUCUAGUUCACUUCCAGUUCAACAUAGGGAAUACGAAUGCAGUUGCCUUUGCUGGUCUUAGCACUCAGAAUCCCGGUGUGAUUACCAUUCCAAAUGCAGUGUUCGGAUCCAAACCACCCAUUAAUCCUGAUGUUCUAGCCAAGGCUUUCCAUUUGGACAACAAUGUGGUGAAACAUCUUCAGUCACGAUUCUGGAAGAAUAACAAUUAG